GCACAUCACAGCCCUUAAUCAGCGCUUCCUGUCGUUUGGUCAUUCUGAUGGGUCUCAUGCUCCAGGUGCUCCUCCUAGCCUACUACACCAGCGACCUCGUCUCGAGUCUGACUGCUGGCCCUUCACCACCCAAGCUCUCAACCCUUUACGAUGUCUACAAGAACCCUUCGCUAAAACUGGGCUUCGAGAAGGGAGCUGCACCGCAUCUCUACUUUAGCGAAUCCAACGACAACAUCGUCAAAAAGCUCUGGCAGAGAAUCCAGGACAACAACUACGAGACCCUCAUGAACAGCCUGGACGAAGGGAUGCAGCGAGUCCUGAGGGAACCUUACCUCCACAUGGGCUGGGGGAUUCCUAUGCGCUACGGCUACGGACACGACUGCCGCCUGUUCAUGUUGCCCACGUCCUACUUCCACGUCCAGGCCUCCUUCAUGAUGAAGAAGGAUUCGCCGCUCGUGCCCGUGUUGAAUAAAGUAGUGAUGGACAUCAUGUCGACCGGCCUCCUCCGAAAGUGGUGGCGCGACUGGAGCACCGAAGCCAAAAACUGCGACUUAUUACAGGAUGAAGGCGGUGUUCGGACCCUUCUUCAUGUUGGCUGUGGCUUUGGCUUCGUCGGUACUGGUGUUCGUCGGCGAGGUCUUGAGGAGUAGGGGGCAGGGGGGAGGAAAGGGGGUGAUGUUUGGAAGGUUUUAGGGUCGAGUAGAUUAACUAAGAUUCUUAUUGUUUUGAUUACUAUUAUUCUAUUCCCAUUACAUUGGAUUUACAUUAUUUGAUUUCUUGAUACACGGCGUUCAAUAAAAUCCUGUAUUGGCACAUCACUCCUUUGACAGAUCUUUAAUGACUGUGUACUCUGUUUAACCGUAAUGGACUUACUUACAGAAAUGUUUUCGCAAAGUAC